CUCUCCUGCCUUUGCCAGUAAGUCUGGAUACUGGAUAGACCCCGACAUUACUCUGUGGCAAACGAACAUUCAGAAACAAAUUGUGAUAGUCGUAGUAAAAGCUAACCACCUUAAAACAUCAUUUUAUCAAGAAACAAAGUCAAUUUCUAGCUCAGUCUUUUUGAAAAACGUUUUUGCUUUGUGAUAACUAUUCAAAAUCGGAGAAAAAUGGGAAAACAUCUGCAAACCGUAGCUGCACUGGCGUGCAUGAAGAGUUUCCUUAUGGUUUUCAAUUUCAUCUUUUGGGUUUCUGGUAUUGCUAUUUUGGCCAUUGGAAUAUGGAUGGAAGUGGAACUGUAUAAAUACAUGGAAAUGAGUACCGCAUUUAGUGGUACGGCACCCUAUGUUCUGAUUGGUACAGGAUCGUUUAUCAUACUCAUUGGUUCUUUGGCUUGUUGUUGUACUGUAAAAGGCCAACCUGUACUUCUCUAUGUGUAUGGCGCAUUCCUGGCUAUAGUCUUUGUCCUGGAACUGGGAGCUGGGAUUUCCAUCUUUGCCUACCGAACCAAACUGACGGAAGGUUUCGAUAAAGGUCUGACCAGAGCCAUGAUGAACUACCACAAUGCCAACAGUUCCCAAGUUUCGUCCGAUCUUGACUUGAUCCAAAGUACGCUGCACUGUUGCGGAAAUCAUAAGGCCAGCGACUGGCUCGAGCUCGAGCUGCCUCACGCUCUGCCAAUCCCGCCAUCUUGCUGCAUCAAGGACGGCUGCAACACGGAAGUGGACAGAGGAGAAAUUUACACCCAGGGUUGCUACAACAAAGUCAUCGACUUCUUGGACGCCAACAUUGGCAUAGUUGCCGGAGCAGCUGUCGGCAUAGCGUUCUUUCCAUUGGUCGGCGUUAUUCUGUCAUGUUGCCUAGCCAGCAUCAUCAACAAAACGAAAUACGAACAAAUGGCAUAAACAAAUAGGCACUAAUUCAUUAUUCUAUCCAUAUACCUAUGUCAUCAACUUAUUCCUCAAUUAUUUAUAAUUAUGACAUA